AUGGGUGGGGGUGUUAUGGGAGUGUUGAAGUGGAUGGGUUGGGUGGGUGGAGGGGGGGGGGGUGUGUGGGUAGGAUUGGGUGUGGGGGGGGUUUGGGGGUUGUGGGUGGGGUGGUUUGGGGUGGGUGGGGGGGGGGGGGUUGGUGGGGGGGGGGGGGGGGGGGGGGGUGGGGUGGGUGUGUGGGGGGGGGGGGGGGGUGGGGGGGGGGUGGUGAGGGGUGUGUGGGGGUUUGGGGUGUGGGGUGGUGUGGUGGGGGGUGUGGGGGGUGUGGUUGGGUGGGGGGGGGGGGGUGGGGGGGGGGGGUGGGGGUGUGUUUUGGGGGUUGGGUGGGGGGGGGGGGUGGUGGGGUGGUUUUUUGUGGGAGUGUGGGGGGGGGGGGGUGGGGUGGGUUGUUGGGGGGGGUGGUUGUGGGGGGGGGGUGGGUGGUGGGGUGUGGGGGUUGGUGGGGGUGGGGGGGGGGGGUUGGGGGGGGGAUUAGGGGUGGUUGGGGGGGUGUAUGGGUUUUUUAGGGGGUGGGGGGGAGGGGGGGGGGGUGGGGGGGUGGGUUUUGUGGGUUUUGUGUGGUGGGGUGGGGGGGGGUGGGGGGUGUGGGUUAUGGGGGGUUGA